UUAAAUGGAAGAGCUGAGGAGAGAAUUGUGCCUUGUCUGGGAAUAGCAGCACUAUACUUGGCUCAUGCGGUCUAAAAAUUCAACCUUCUGAAGUGAUAAUGUGAACGCAGGCGUUUGCUUCUGUUGGUGCUUUAGUCUGUCAUUCGUCUUCUGUAGCCCUGAGGUUGGCUAAUUACGCAGACACGUUGGGAUAAUCCCGGUUAGCAGAAGCUGAUGUCAGAUGUUUGGCUCACCAUAAAUCUCCUCUAGUUGAGGUAGGCAAUGCAGGAGGACUGGCUUGCAGUCACUACUACAGAAGGAGUGGAGGGAGUGUCUGGCUACUCUGGAAUUUCCUUUCUGAUGGGUUGUCAGUCCACCUGCUAACCUGCCUGUUUUACUAACCAAAUGGAGCUGCCCUUGUGAUCUGAUACAUUCAAUCUCCAUCGCGACGCCUCCGCGCUCGCAGGGCCGUAACAUUACAUUUUUGUCGGCGCGCUCUGCGAUAUGGGGACCGUGCUCUCUAUAGCCCCUAUAGCAACUAAGGGGACCAUUCUGAAAGAUGGAGGAGACGAAGCCAACGGGAAAACAGAGAAAAGCCUUAAAAAGCAGUCAGUGGUCGUGUCCACGCUCACAUUUAAGCGGCUAGUGACUGCAUCAGGUAAGAAAAAAAGUGCCAAGAAAGUAAGUCCGAAUCCUCUUCCUCUGCCAGCGAGCAGCGAUCAGGUCGAGCAUCUGAAUCAGGAGAACUCCAGGAAAUCGCAACAGUCCGAGAAGAAAACGAAAAAUGGACCUCUCGCGGUACCCAUCCCCACGGUACCUCCCCAACUGGACCAGGAUCAGGACCAGUUCACUCCAGCGGCGAAGCAACUGGUGUCGGUUCAGAAGCAGCCCAGCAGCCGGUCGCUCGUGAUCGUCCAGGCUUCCACCGGGGAACUGCUCCGUUGUCUGGGCGAAUUCCUCUGCAAACGAUGCUGCAAAGUCAGGGAACUCACCCCAAACGAGGUUGUCCUCUGGUUCCGAAACGUGGACAGAACUCUGCUGUUGCAGGGCUGGCAGGACCACGGGUUCAUCACGCCUGCCAACCUCGUGUUCGUCUAUCUGCUCGUUAGGGAAACUGUAAGCCAGGAUGUUGACAAUCCACGUGAACUCCAAGGGACCUUUCUGACCUGCCUCUAUCUAGCGUAUUCCUAUAUAGGGAACGAGAUCUCGUACCCUCUCAAGCCCUUCAUGGUCGACACCAAUAAGGACGUGUUCUGGGAACGUUCGUUAGAUGUCAUCGAUAAACUGAGCGGCAAAAUGCUGCAGAUUAACAUAGAUCCGCACUUUUUCACAGAGGUUUUCCAGGACUUAAAAAACGAAGGAGAUUAUAAGAAGGGUGGAAGCGAACUGAAUCGCUGAGUGUGAUCAUGUGAUCAGAAUCUGAGCAGAGAUCCAUUACUUCUGAUUUAUUGGACGUAAUUGUAAUCAGCUCUGCCUGAGUGAUUGUUAUGUUGCACCUUGAACCGAUUUAUCAAUUUAGUAUUUAUGACACUGUUGUGUUGGAUUUGUUUUAACAGUAUUAAGUAGCCCCGGUGAAGUGAUUUGUAAUAGCCAACAUGGCUUCAUCGGUGUAGCUGCUGUGUUAUGCAUGUCGUGGGCCUAUAGAUUUACAUCUGUUGCUGUGAUUCACAGUCAUUCAUAAAAAAGGGAAGGCACAACGUUUAUUCUAUAUAAUUGUCAGCCUCAUCUGUCAUUUGGGUUACUAUCCUCCUGAGACCUAAAGAAAAGUUGUAUAUUUGAGGUCUAAUGUUGCAUUAGAAUCGUUUUACAUAAUUUAAGUGUUUGGUGUAGCCUAUAACAAACAUAGCCUAAUAUCCGUUUAGUUCUAAAAAUAUAUACCAUUUAUGUUAUAGCCUAUUGCAUUGGCCACAUUAUUAUUAAAAAUUCUGGAAGUUGCUAUAUCAAGGAUUAAAAGGUAGUCCUAUUAGUAUGGACAAAUGACUGCAUGGGUCUCAGGAGGAUGAUGCUCCAUUUGAAGAGAUGUGAAUGGAACUAUCCAAGGUGCUGACCUGUUUGUGCUCAUUUACUCUAUUGACAGACGCCUGUCUCCAGCCAUUCUGGAUUUGAAACUUGAAAAUGUUUUCUCUUCACUGAGAUGUUCUAUGUGCCAAUUCAUGGGUGAUCUUACUGUUUUGAUUCACACUGGUUUGAGGAAAAUGGGAUGAUCAUGCUUGGAGUUUAUUUUAUACUUUGACAUGAUUUUUCAGUGUUCUUGCUUGAAUGAAAUAAAACCCAGUCUGACUGGUUUUCUUGAUCGAUAACGCACAAGCUCAUUAAUGCACUGACCACGUGCCAUUUGACGACAUAUUUUAAGAUUACAUAGCAUCCAUAACUUAAGCUGAUCUUUGGGACAAGCCAUCUAUGCAUUAUCUCUACAGUGUACAA